AGAAGGCGGAGAAAAUGUGACGAGCUGCCAGGAGUAACUAAUCCUAAAAAUGACUGUACAGUGCGUGUGUGUGUGUUUGUGUACGCCUGAGUGUGUAAGUAAAUGUGCGUUAGUGUGUGGCUGAAUGGGUUGUACGUGAAUGUGUAUGUGCGUAUGUCACUGUGUGUGUAUAUAAGUAUGCGUGAGUUUCGAUUUGAGUGCAUGUGAGCUUGAAUACGUGCGUAAGAACAAUUGUGUGUGUCUAUGUCUGCGUGUGUAUGUGUGUGUGUGCCUGUGAGUAAAUACAUGGUGAGUAUGUAAGUAUGAUGAGUUUAUAUAUACAUAUGAGUGAAUGCGUGCGUAUGAUCAAUAUUGUAUGUGUGAGUGAGUGUGUAAUCGAAAGUGAGGCUGACUGGCAUCGUCGCAGCAGUCGGGGGGAAAACCGCAGCUAACGGCAGCAGCAUGCUAACAAAGGAGGUUUUGUUUGUGUGUACCGACCGCCGACUUCAACAACAAGACAACAGCAUCAAUGUAACUAUGGAAAACAGCAUUGAGAAAUUGAAAGAUGUUGAAAUGGAUCGACUAAGUCCCUCGUUGGAAGAGAACGGCAAUAGCUAUAGGUGUAGCAACAUCAAUGAUAGCGGUGAACCAGAAGACGAAGAGGACGGAGAUAUCGGUGAAGCUGAUGAGGCGGUAGAGGAGGAAAUGGAAGAAGAAGAAGUAGAAGAAGAAGAGGAGGAAGAAGAAGAAAGAGAAGCAACAAUGGAAGAAGCAGCAGAAAUGGAAGAGGAAGAGGAAGAGGAGGAAGAAGAGAGAGAGGAGGAGGCAGAGAGUGAGGAAAUGGGUGAUGACGAGACACACAGAGUUAGCAGCCCGAAACGGAUGCUUGUCUCCACUUUGGAGAACAACAACAACAACAGUGACGACAACAACAACAACAACAACAACAACAACAACAACAAUAAUAAUAAUAAUCAUAAUAACAAUAAUAACAAUAAAAAUGGUAAUGGCAUUAAGAUGAGGUUUACAACACAAUCGCAUGAUAGGAAUCUGAUGAGAAGUAACAAAAUAGAAACCCCAUUGUCUUUACCUGAUCCACACAAACUCUAUUUGAAACAGCCCCUGCUGCAGCAACAGCAGAGGCAACACCAUCUGCUGUCGUCGAAAUAUCACAAAUCGCAAGAAAUGAUUGAUUGUUCGAACAGCAGGCCUGGCAGUAAAAAUAGCGGAAGAAUCACAGCACCUGGCGGCACGACUGCACGAGGUGUUGGAAGAGGAAGUGGUUCGAAUGCAUCCGGUGCUGGUAUGGGAUGUGGACGAGGUCGUGGCAUAACGCUGAAUAUGUUGAUGAAGGAUGGUGUCAUAGAGUCCGGUGGAGGUUGUCUCUCUUUGGAAUACUUGGGAAAGAAAUUUGCUGCUGACCUUCUUCCAAAUGGUAAGAUCAGGUGGCAAGAAAAUAAUGAAAUUUUCAACUCACCAAGUGCCUGGGCUAGUCACUGCAAAAAACUGGUCAAUCCUUCCAAAAAGUCUGGCUGUGGCUGGGCAUCGAUCAAAUACAAAGGCAGGAAGUUAGUUUCCUGGAAAUCACUUUGGUGUCGAAAGCAGCGACAGAAUGGCAAUGUCUGUGACAAUCUGGUGCCUCUGCUGGAUGAUUCUUCUAACAUUAUGAAAACCAAUCGGAAUUCCAAAGACUUGUUCCAUAAAGUGCCUGAAUUUGAACUGGAACGAAGAACUACAUUGAAACCCCCUCUGCCAGCACAUAUAGGUCAUAAACCUAUAACCAAUGGUAAAACCAAAAAACAUGUGGACUGGAGUCACAGUGAUAUUCAAGAGGAAGCCUUGAACCUUUCAUUAAAGGGAAUUAAAGAAGAAAGUCAUAAAGUACAGAAGUUCUCACCACCACAACAAUGUCACCAGCAGAAGAAAGUUCAACUGUCUCCCCCACCACAGCUUCAACAACCACAACCAAAACAACAGCAACAGCAACACAGUCAACAACCGCACCGCCAAAAAGUUCAACUGUCUCCAUCGCCAACACUACCACCACCAGCACAACAACAACACAAUCAGAAAACACAGCACCAGAAAGUUCAACUGUCACCACCACUACCACAACAACAGCAACAGCAACAUCAUCAUAGUCAUCAAACACAUCAGCAGAAGAAAGUUUCCCCAUCUCCAAAACACCAAACACAAAAACUAGAGAAACCAGAAAUUAUUAACACAUCCCAUCCCAGGUUCCCAUUGGUCAAACAUUCCAAUCUCCUUGACAGAAAUGCUGAACAAGAUCCAAACACAUUAGUUGAGUGUGAAACAUUUGAAGCUUAUGGCAAGUUCCAACCGUUUAGUGUGUCUGUCACAACAAACUCCAUGUUUCUCAUAGAUUUCCACUGCCACUUGACAAGUAGUGAAGUAUUGGGAUAUUUGGCCGGUAAAUGGGACCAGAACACACAACGUAAGUACAUACUCUUUAACCAAUGGACCCUCAUAGCUAUUCAGUGCUCCUUGAAUCUUGUUGAUUUGGCUGGCAGUGAACGACUCAAGGACUCUGGUAGUGAGGGCAAGAGACUUAAAGAGACUCAGUGCAUUAACAAGAGUCUCUCAACUCUCAGCACUGUAUUCACUUCUCUUGCUAACAAAGAUAACCAUAUUCCUUAUAGGAAUAGCAAGCUCACAUAUCUGCUACAGAACUCUCUUGGUGGAAACAGCAAAACUCUUAUGUUUGUGAAUGUCUCACCCAAAGAAGACAACUACCAGGAAACCUUGAAUUCUCUUCGCUUUGCAACAGCGGUAAAUAACUGCAACAUUGGCACUGCCCAGAAGAAAGUGAAAUAGAAGAAUUUUGAUUUUGUUAGGACUAUUGUGUGUGUGUAUGGAUGUAUGUGUGCGUGUGUGCAUGCGUAAUGAAUUGCAUGCAAAUUUCUUAUUUCUUGCUUUUCUAAAUCUAUAAAUAUCUUAUUUUAAAGCAGUCUUCAAGAAAAAAAAAAAAAAAAGAACAACCGUGGCUUUUAAGAAUUCAUUGUCAUUUAGUCAUCUUCUGUCUGUAUUGUCGAAGACCUUUUUAUGUCACCAUUUACUUUUUAACAAUGACUUCAUUUACUUGUGAAAUGAAAUUCAUCUCACAUCCUCGCCUCUGUACCACAGCACAUCUAUAUUAUUAUUAUCAUUACCAACAGUAGUGAAGGAACACAAUUUUGCUAGGCUCUUGCAAGUAAUUUGACUGCCCACUUUCAAAUGAGAUAAGUCUUCCAUUAUAAUUAUUUUCCUUUUCAAAUUUUAAAUUUUAUUUGAUGACUGUGAAAAUAAUAAUGUGUAAAUGUGUCCAUCCUAGUGUUUUACUGAAUGUAAAAUUGCUGAGUUAUGUGAGCCAGUCCAUGCAAGUAUUUUAUUGACUGUGAAAUAACUGAGACUCCUGUGUGAAUGAGUUCAUGCGAGUGUUUUACUGAAUGCAAAAUGGCUGAGAGUCAGAUGUGAAUCAGUCCAUGCUAAUGUUUCAUGGAAUGUAAAGUAGCUGAGUAUCAUCUGAUAGUCUUUCAAGUGUUUUUUUUUGUUUUAGAAUAACAGCCUAUGCAAGUGUUUCUGAUUGUAUGUAAAAUAACCCUAAAUGUCUUGUGUAUGUAUUCAGAAACUAUAUCUUUUUUGUUAAAUAAAUGUUGUUACUGUAA